CCGCCCCGCCCCCUCCCACCUACCACCACGAUGAACCCCUCCCUCCCGGACAUGCCGAUCCAAGUACCGAUCGACGACCCGAAUGCGGACACGGAAUGGAACGACAUCCUGCGGAAGCACAAGAUCAUCCCGGAGCGGGCGCCGUCGCCAACGCCGCUGAUCGAGGAGGCGUUCCACGAGGCGCGGCGCCUCGCGCACGAGAACCGCCUGGAGGGCCUCGAUCUCGACGAGCUCGACGAGCUCGAGGAUAUUGAGGACGAACAGUUUUUGGAGGGGUACAGGCAGAAGCGAAUGCAAGAGAUCUCCGCGCUCGCCGCGGCCGCGCUGCACGGAAAGGUCUACCCUAUCACGAAGCCGGAGUACGCGCGGUCUGUGACGGAAGCGUCGGUUUCGUAUCCGGUGCUGCUGCACCUGUCGUCGUCGACGCAUGGGAACACCGCGUCGCGCCUGCUGUCGGAGCUGUUCCGGCAGGCGGCCCAGAAGUACCCCGAAAUCAAGUUCUGCGAGAUCCCAGGGAACAUGUGCAUCGAGGGUUAUCCCGACAAGAACUGUCCGACGAUUCUGGUCUACAAAGGGGGCGAGCUGACUAAGAACUUGAUUGGCCUGGGCGAGAUGCGCGGGACUGAUACGAAGCUGCAUGAUUUUGAGAGGUGGCUCGUCGAGCAGGGUGUGCUGAUGCAGGGCGAUAUGAGGCUCAGGAGGAGGCAGGAGGAGGAGGACGACAGGGAGAAGAGCGCCGCCGUGGGGAUUAAGAGUGCCAGUAAUAAGGCCCGCGUUGAUGAUGAUGAGGAUAGUGAUUGGGAGUAGAUGUGGCGCGGGCGGGGGCGGGGACUUUGUACAUACCAUACGAUACCUACCAGGAAGGUCUGAUUUCGGUGAGGCCUCAUGAUGUAUCAUACCUGCAUUCCCCUCGACAUGGCAUACAAAACGAAAGCAAGCAAGCAAGAGC